UAAGUUACCACUGGCCGGUAGCUGCAACACGGAGAGGCAGACCGUCACCUUCCAGCCGGGCAAUAGGCUUGGAUAGUGUGAAUGUAAUGUUCUGAGCAGGGGCGUCUGUUAUCACAUCUCCCACUUGGUUGGGGCAUAAGAGGAAACCGCAGUGGUGACUCGCCUGUCGCUGUAUUUUGCCUUUUUUGCAUUUGGUCGGGAAAAUACCUGGAGGAAGAGGGGUUUUUACCAUUUUGGGUAGCUCGAGUCUCAACCCACCAAGUUUUGCUCUCCAUAUGUGCUCAGGCUUACCUCAUCGCACGUCUUCUGAAUAUAGAUGCAGAUUUCACGUUUAGCAUUCUCCUGCGACUGUUGAAAAGAGGGGUUGUUGACACUGGGGAUAUAUUUUUUUUUAGCAAAGUUGAAGUGUCCGUAGAGGGCGAUCACUAAUCAUGGAAUGCGCUCACACGAAGAGUGUUGAGGAAGUUUAUAGCUAUUUUAACGUCAACGAGAGCACCGGACUUGCCUUAGACCAGGUGAAACGACAGAGGGAGAAGUAUGGACCGAAUGAACUGCCCGCUGAGGAAGGAAAAUCCAUAUGGGAGCUUAUCAUUGAACAGUUUGAAGACUUGUUGGUGCGAAUUCUUCUUCUGGCAGCCUGCAUUUCAUUUGUUCUGGCCUGGUUUGAGGAGGGUGAGGAGACCAUCACUGCCUUCGUGGAGCCAUUUGUGAUCCUACUCAUUCUCAUUGCCAAUGCCAUCGUCGGUGUGUGGCAGGAGCGUAACGCGGAGGAUGCCAUCGAGGCCCUUAAGGAGUACGAGCCUGAGAUGGGCAAGGUGUACAGACAGGACAGGAAGAGCGUCCAGAGGAUCAAGGCCAAGGACAUCGUGCCCGGGGACAUCGUGGAGGUGGCUGUUGGAGACAAGGUCCCAGCCGACAUCCGUAUCUGCUCCAUCAAGUCCACCACUCUGAGAAUAGAUCAGUCGAUCCUGACCGGUGAGUCCGUGUCUGUCAUUAAGCACACUGACCCCGUUCCUGACCCUCGUGCUGUCAACCAGGACAAGAAGAACAUGCUUUUCUCCGGCACCAACGUGGCUGCGGGUAAGGCCAUUGGUGUCGUCGUGGCGACAGGCGUGUCCACAGAGAUCGGUAAGAUCCGUGACGAGAUGGCGUCCACAGAGCAGGAGAAGACCCCUCUGCAGGCCAAGCUGGACGAGUUCGGCGAGCAGCUGUCCAAGGUGAUCUCGCUGAUCUGCAUUGCCGUGUGGAUGAUCAACAUCGGUCACUUCAAUGACCCCGUCCAUGGAGGCUCCUGGAUCCGCGGCGCCGUCUACUACUUCAAGAUCGCCGUCGCCCUGGCUGUAGCCGCCAUUCCUGAAGGUCUGCCCGCUGUCAUCACCACCUGCCUGGCGCUGGGCACGCGUCGUAUGGCCAAGAAGAACGCCAUCGUGCGCUCGCUGCCCUCCGUGGAGACCCUGGGCUGCACCUCCGUCAUCUGCUCCGACAAGACUGGCACCCUCACCACCAAUCAGAUGUCCGUCUCCAGGAUGUUCAUCAUUGACAAGGCAGAGGGCGAGAGCUGCACCCUGUCUGAGUUCACCAUCACCGGCUCUACCUAUGCCCCCGAGGGAGAAGUUUACCUUGACAACCGGGUAGUGAAGACCUCCGGGUACGAUGCCCUAGUGGAGAUCGCCACCAUCUGCGCCCUGUGCAACGACUCCUCUCUGGACUACAACGAGGCCAAAGGUGUGUUUGAGAAGGUGGGAGAGGCCACUGAGACAGCCCUUACCUGCCUAGUGGAGAAGAUGAAUGUGUUUGACACUGAAGUCAGGAGCAUGUCCAAGAUUGACAGAGCCAAUGCCUGCAACUCAGUGGUCAAGCAGCUGAUGAAGAAGGAGUUCACCCUGGAGUUUUCUCGGGACAGGAAGUCCAUGUCUGUCUACUGCACUCCCAACAAGGCCAAGUCAUCCGUCGGCAAGAUGUUUGUCAAGGGUGCCCCAGAGGGCGUGAUUGACCGGUGCACGUACGUCCGCGUCGGGGGCAACAGAGUGCCGCUGACCCAGGGCAUCAAGGACAAGAUCAUGGCGGUGAUCAAAGACUACGGCUGUGGACGCGACACCCUGCGCUGCCUGGCCCUCGCCACCCGCGACAACCCCCUCAGGAAGGAGGAGAUGGUGCUCACCGAGACCGCCUCCUUCGCCGACUACGAGUCCGACCUGACGUUCGUGGGCUGCGUGGGCAUGCUGGACCCCCCCCGCACGGAGGUGGCGGCGUCCAUCAAGCUGUGCCGCAUGGCGGGCAUCCGCGUCAUCAUGAUCACCGGCGACAACAAGGGCACGGCCGUGGCCAUCUGCCGCCGCAUCGGCAUCUUCGGCGAGGACGACGACGUCCACCGCAUGGCCUUCACCGGCCGUGAGUUCGACGACCUCUCGCCCCACGCGCAGCGCGACGCCGUCAUCAACGCGCGCUGCUUCGCCCGCGUCGAGCCCUCGCACAAGUCCAAGAUCGUGGAGUUCCUGCAGGGCUUCGACGAGAUCACUGCCAUGACCGGUGAUGGUGUAAACGAUGCCCCUGCCCUGAAGAAGGCGGAGAUUGGCAUCGCUAUGGGCUCUGGCACCGCGGUUGCCAAGUCCGCGUCUGAGAUGGUCCUCGCCGACGACAACUUCUCCUCCAUCGUGGCCGCAGUGGAAGAGGGCAGAGCCAUCUACAACAACAUGAAGCAGUUCAUCCGCUACCUCAUCUCCUCUAAUGUAGGAGAGGUCGUCUGCAUCUUCCUGACGGCGGCGCUGGGCUUCCCUGAGGCGCUGAUCCCAGUGCAGCUGCUGUGGGUGAACCUGGUGACUGAUGGUCUGCCCGCCACCGCACUGGGCUUCAACCCCCCCGACCUGGACAUCAUGAGCAAGCCCCCCCGCAGUGCCAAGGAGCCCCUCAUCUCCGGCUGGCUCUUCUUCAGAUACCUGGCCAUCGGAUGCUAUGUGGGCGCUGCCACUGUCGGCGCCGCCGCCUGGUGGUUCGUCUCUGCAGAGGACGGCCCACAGAUCACCCUCUACCAGCUGAGCCACUUCCUGCAGUGCUCCCCUGAUAAUCCCGACUUCACAGACCUGGAGUGCCACGUGUUUGAGUCUCCGUUCCCCAUGACCAUGGCCCUGUCCGUGCUCGUCACCAUUGAGAUGUGCAACGCCCUCAACAGCCUGUCGGAGAACCAGUCCCUGCUGAGGAUGCCCCCCUGGGAGAACAUCUGGCUACUGGGAGCAAUCUGCCUCUCCAUGUCCCUCCACUUCCUCAUCCUCUACGUCGAGCCCUUGCCAGUCAUCUUCCAGAUCACCCCCCUGAACGUGGAGCAGUGGGUUGUGGUGGUGAAGAUCUCCAUUCCGGUCAUCCUCUUGGACGAGCUGCUGAAGUUCGUGGCGAGGAACUACCUGGAAAAGGCACCGGUACUGUAAGGCCGCCCCCUCCUGCUCCGCGCCCCGUGAGGUGUUUCUUUAGUGGUCUGUUAGUGCAUGAGUGUUCUGAUCCGCUUCCCAUCUUCCAAGACCUGCAUGUCAAAAAAAUCAGCUUGUAGGAAGCUUAAGAGUGAUAGAGCUAGAAAGCAGAAAAGAAAGGGAACGAAUUAUAAUAAUAAUUAAUAAAAAAAAAACGAAAAUGGCUGAUCUUAAAAGAGAAGAAAAAAAAUGUGCUUAAAAAUUGGAGUGAAUGGAUGCAACAUUAGAGAAAGAAAUCAGUCAUUUUAGUGACCCAUCCCCUCCCCCCCAGUAAACCCUGAACCCCGCCCGACCCUGCCCCCACCCCCCCAUCAACGUAUUUCGGACAGAGAAAGGCAAACGUACAUUUCUCUAAUAGCUCACUGUUUCUGUAUACUCCAUGGUGCAUGACCUCCACAGUCGCUACAGUAGAUUCCUGCUUCUGUACAAUACUGCUCCAUCUCAACCACCUGGGAAAGGAGGGAGGAAAGGUCCAUUAAUUUCUUAGCAAAAACGUCUUUCAUGUACAAUAAGCUCAACAAAAAUAAAAAAAAUCACCUCUUUUCCUAAGGAAAUCUUUGUGGGGAUGUGUAAAUUAUCAUAUUAUUAUUACUAUUAUUAUUUUAUUUUAUUUUAUUUUUUGGCUUUGCACAGCGAUGUGCGAGUUGUUAUGGCAGGUGUGUGUGUAAUGACAGGCAGGGGCGGUGUCAACCACACCGAGACAAAAGCGCAUCUCCAGCGAUGACACACACACGCCGCAGCCAACUCCAGGACUGAUGGGGCUCGGACGCAGCCCAAAAACUGGCGGAAGUGUGUGUUGUGUGUGUGUGUGUGUGUGUGUGUGAGAGACUUAAGCAUACCUGGAGAAUUGUAGUUUGUCUUGGUGUUGUACUGAUUGUACGAUGUGGUUUCAGGUCAAAUAAAGGGAUUCUACAUGA